AUGGAGUACUACUCUACUAGAAAUAUCUAUGACUUCAUGAAAUUUGCAGGCAAAUGGAUAGUACUAGCCAAUAUCAUCCGUGAAAAGAGCAGAGGGCAGAGUUCCGGGUGCAGUGAGCUGCUUGUGACAAGGGUGUGGCCCCAGUGUGAACAGAGCAUCUUGCCAUUUGCUGUAAAUGGCAGUGAUGUUUUUCUUCAACCUGGUUUCCCUACAGUACUUAUCUGUUUUGUUGUUCUUUUCCUGGGUGCAACAGUUUUUUUCCUUAUGGCUGUGUUAUCCCUGGACCGCUUUCUGGCCAUCUGCAAACCUCUACAUUAUCUAACCAUCAUGAGCCCAAGGAUGUGCUUCCUUCUCAUUACUGUCUCUUUAGUUUUGGGGUUCCUCUUCAUGGCCAGUCCAGUUGCGAUGCUUUUCCAGACAUUUUACUGUGGCCCCAAUGUUAUUCCUCACUUCUUCUGUGAUUUUGGACCACUGGCAAAUCUCUCCUGUUCAGAAACCAGGUCUAUUGAGAUGCUGUUUUUUAACCUUGCUUUCAUUGUGCUUUUUACUUCCCUUCUGAUAACUAUCUUUGCAUACAUCAAUAUAGUAGUCACAAUAGUGCGUCUCCCUUCAGCCAGGGAGCGACAGAGAGCUUUUUCCACCUGUUCCUCUCAUCUCAUUGUCCUCUCUCUAAUGUUUGGCAGCUCUAUAUUCAUAUACAUGAAACCAAAGCAGAGAAGCAGAGUGGACAACAACAGAGAGGCUGCUCUUGUGAACACUGUAUUCACACCCCUUCUGAACCCUGUCAUCUACACCCUGCGCAACCAGCAGGUCCACCAGGCUCUGAGGGAUGCUCUGUCCAGGGUUCAAUUACACAGAUAUCAGAGGAGCAACACACCUUCCCUUUGA